GCCUAUUGGGAAUGUUCACCUGGAUACGGCCUAUACGGUCCCCGGCUGGUAGAUUGGCCAAUUGGAAUCAAGGUCAAUGUGUUUUGUCUACCCCACCAUAGCAGGCAAUGCCUCGGCUAUCACUAUUGUCUUAGGGUGUAUGGCUUUCUAGGUCUGACGGUAAUUGAGAGUUUCAGGGAAAUAUUGAUAUAGGUUCAGGCAAUUGAAUGCAUCCUGCGAGACCCUCAUAUCGUCAGCGACACCCACCCAUCAUUUGACUUUUCUCCAAGCAAGCAAACGACGCGCUUUACCAUAUUACAGUGUCAGCUUUCGGCAUGGCGACGUCAGAAGCAAUGGCUGCAUAUGCGCAGAAACUUCGAAUGCAUACAUCGGCUCAGAACAAGCCUGUCACGGAAAUCGCAGUAUUCAGGUUGAAUCCAACUUAUGCCAUGGACCAUGCAGCGGCGGCGGCCGAGUUCGAGUCACAUUGCAUCAAGGAGACAACGAGCGGGAGUGUUCAAGGAAUUCGCAGGACCAGCUGGGGUUUCUCUCGUAGCGACCCGGAAACCAUGGUUUGGAUGCUCGACUGGGACAAGAUCCAAGAUCACUGGGAUUUCUGGCAAACACCUGGAUUCGGACCAGUCAUGAACACCAUCAGCAAACUGUUUGUACCAGGACGACCACUUGUGCGACAUUACGAUUUUGGAGAGCCAGGCAUGGUGGAGAGCAUAUGGAUUAGGCUUUUUGUAUGGGAUGAAGGUCGGGAGGGUACAACGCCCGAGGGAACACGUGCGAAGGCGCUGGCAACAGGAGACCUUGGGGCUCUGACCAGCGUUGGUAUCAGGCAAGGCUACGCGGUCGAUCUAGACGAAAUGACUUGGUACUGUCUUCUCCUGGGUUAUGAGAAUGAAGACGACGCUUCGAAAGAAGAGGCCCAUCCUGAUUACCGGGGAGAGGAUCAUGUCGUCGAACUCAAAUUCAACGUCAACACACCGUCUACCUAG